AUGUCCAACGACAUCCUCACCCAACUACAAACCUGCUACGACCAGCUUCUCACUCAGUGCUUUUCGACCAUCUCCUACCUCUCUCAACGCCAUCCAAUCAUCGCCCCAGACGCUGAUCCCAACGACCCCUACACCAACCCACCUGCGACAGGAGGGCCUUCGCAAACGCCCAAUCCCGAUGGCACGCCAAUGUCCGCUAUUCAACCUGGUCGAGAAGAUACGGAGCGCGCUCCUUAUCCGCUUCGACCUGUGUUACCAUCUACAUUCUCUGCCGCACAGCGAGAACUGGCCGAGGAUCUUGUGCAGAAAGCUCAACAGAUAGACACGUUGAUUUCACGGCUGCCGGGGAUUGGCCGAGAUGAGGAGCAACAACGACGCGAGAUCGAGAUAUUGAAUCAAAAGGUCAGAGCCAUGGAGGAGAAACGAAAGGCUAAACGAAGAGAAAUGAGAGACUACGUAAAGAGGCUGGACGAUGUAAUCCUCGGCAUGUCUCAAAGCCUUAAUUACCAUGAGGCCAAUCGACCAACCCCUUGA